CGCGCGGCUCGAUCAGAACCAGCAAAAGAACCCCGCACAAACGCGACAAAACCUCCGCCGCUGACCCCCUCCUCCAUCGCACCGCGCGCACCCGGCCUCGGCGCCAGGCGGCAAACACACGGGCUCCCUCCCCACGAGUCCACGACCCGCCAUUUGCGGCCUCGCCCGCGACGACGCGCACCAUACAAGUUUAAACAAAUCCAAGCUGACUCCGUUGUUUAGUUCCACGUGGCUUCACCUCCACUUAACCCCACCACAACCUGCUGCUACUCUGCUCCGGUCCUUCCCCUCCCUCCUCGCCGCCUCGGCGCCUCAGUCGCCUGGUAUUAAUUGCGCCAUGUUGCGCAGGGGCGGCAGGGCCUUCUAAUUCGGUUCCCUGACACGCCUGUCGCCCGCGGGAACGGAUUCUUUUCCUGGACCGCCUCGGAGUCCGCCCCGCCCCCGCGUGCCCGAGAUGCAGUCCUCCAGGCCGAGAUCCGGGUCAUUCGAGGCCGGGCUCAGGGCCACUGCUUCGUCCGUUACCAAAGAACCCAAGCCGUCCCAUCGUCUUCAGCGCAGCCGGUCAUCCGCCGGCGGCUCCUCCAAGGCGUCGCCGUCCCCGGAGAGACGUCGCGGUGUGGGCGGCGGAGGCGGCGCGAUGCAGCAACGGGUGGCGCAGCUGGAGGAAGAGCUUAGGAAGGAGCGGGAGGAGAAGGCGCGGGCGGUGAGGGAGCUCGAGGAGCUGAGGAGGGAUGGCGAGAGGUGUGCGAAGGGCGGCGCGGAGAAGGUGCAGCUUUUGGAGCGGGAGGUGGAGAAGUCCAAGGAGUCGGAGCGCAAGAUGCUCGAGUCGCUGAUAUACCAGACGAAGCAGCUGGAGCAGACCAAGAUCUCCCUCGAGGAGGCCAAGCUGGAGAUCGCCACGCUGCAGCAGGCCAACAAGGGCCUGGAGGCCGCGGUCGCGGCGACCCGGCGCGGCGGCAUGGAGCAAAGGAGCGUCAAGGACCUCGUGUUCGGCGGCGCGGACGAGGAGAUUAGGGUCCUGCGCAGCGAGCUCCGGACGGCGAUGCAGGGGGAGGAGAGGAGCCGCAAGGCCCUGGACGACCUCUCCGUCGCGCUCUCCGACGUCACCAUGGAGGCCAAGCAGGUCAAGAUUUGGCUCUCCGAGGCGCAGUCCGAGCUGGAGGCCGCCAAUGCCGAGGCCGAACGGCUGGGCGUGGAGCUGACCGCCGCCAAGGCGAGACUGCGCGCCGUGUCCGACGAGCACGACCGGUGCAGGCUCGAGGCCGAGGAGUCGGCAGCCGCGUGGGGCGACAAGGAGCGCGUGUUCCUCGAGUGCGUGCGCGCGUCCGAGGAGGAGGUGAACCGGGGCCGGCAGGAGAACACCAAGCUUGUGGAGUCGCAGCGCGUCAUCCGCGAUGAGAAUGCGCGGCUGCGGGACAUCCUGAAGCAGGCCGUGGCCGAGGCCAACGUCGUCAAGGAGUCGCUCGAGCUCGCCAGGGGCGAGAACGCGCGGCUCAACGACGUCGUCGCCGAGAAGGACAGCGCGCUGCAGAGCCUCCGCCAGGAGUACGAGUGCAUCAAGGUCAGCGAGGCCGCGGCGCAGGGCAGCCUUAAGGAGCUCAACAGCCUCCUCGCCGCGACAACAACGGCGUGCAGCACGCCCACGUCGACGAGGACAGACCCUGUGCCUGACCACCGCUUCGAUCAGCACCUUCCAAACGGUGUUGCCUCCAGCAAGAACGGGACACCAGAGGCGGCGUCGCUGCGAUGGAUGGCAGAGAAGCCAAGGAUUGGCAGCAGGAGGUACUCAAUUGGUGAGCCGGCCAAGUUCAAGGGCGGCUUCUCGCAGUCGGCGCGGAUGGGGAACCUGAACCCGAAGGACCGGGUGUUCGCGUCGCUGAGCAACAUUGCUGAUCUCAAGUCCGCAGCAGAUGCGGCGGUGGACGAUUUCGACGACGAAUUCGAUCACAUUGACGAGAGCCACUAUGAUGACAUGAAGCACAAGAAGAAGAGGCCGAUAUUUCGCAAGUUCGGGGAUCUAUUCAGAAGGAAAAGCCUCUACAAGGCGAAUUUGGCGCCAGUACACUCUUAAAUUUUUCAUUGUGACACUUGUAGUUUUGUUCUGUUCAUCUGAAUACAGAAGAAAUGAAAGAUUAUUCCAUCAAA